AGGUAUAUAUGUGUAUAAGAUCGAUUUUGUUGUAGUCGCUCAACAGCAGUAGCAAUUUUCAUUCAUAGCGACGACAUUGGAACGGUCGGAGGAGAACGGACGACAUUGAGCGGGUCUCACCGCCGCAGCAACCAUGUCACCGAAGACAACGACCGCCACCGCCGGUGCGGCGCAGAUGCCGCUUCACGGGCGAAUCGGGCGUGUUCUCCUGAACCCCCUCGUCGUCUUCAUCAUCACCUUCGGCAUCCGCUACGGUCUCUUCUCGUUUCGCUACGCCGUCGAGCCGUUCCUCGCCGCCCCGGUCAUCCCGCACCCGACCGUGGCGGAGUUCAUCGGCUCCGACAGGGCAACGGCGUUGCACUACGGAGGCGAGUCCGCCUUUGUGAGCGGCACAACCGGGGAGCGCCAAGUCACGCCGCCGCCGGUGCACUUCAGCAUGUGGAUCCCGAUGACGGAGGCGGCGACGUGGAGGGAGGCCGUCUUCUGGCGCGAGCGCGGCUUUGCGGAUGCGCUGCCCUACUACCUACAGGCCUUAGCUCCUUGGUACGUCGCCUUCAUCCCUGCCGUGCUGGCCACGCCGCCGUGGACGGGGCUGGUGCUGAGUGCGAUGGACGGUGUGACGGCGGCGCUCAUCUCGCAAUGCGGCUCCGCCAACGCCGCGCUGCUCUACGCGUUUUUUGUGCUGAACCCGCUCGAGGCGUUGACCACCGCCUAUGAGUCUCUCACGGCUUUUGAGUUGCUGCUGCUGACUCUCACCGUGCAGUUGUGCGCGCGCCGGCGCACGUCGGUGGUGGCCCACGCUGCGGCGCUGCUGUGUGCGUUGACUCUUGGGAGUCACUUCAUUGCGGUUCCUAUUGCGGUGCUCGCCCCUAUCGGCACCUCGUCGAAGGCGGCUGCGUUUGGGGCUGCCGUGGCGGCCACGUUUGGCGUGGGUGCCUACGCGAUAGGUUACCUCUACCUCACCGAGGACUCGCACCGGUCCACCUCGCUCUACGCGCCACCGGACAACGGUGUGAUGUGGUAUGUGCGGCAGCUAGUCCUGCCGUCGUUUGGGCGUUGUCUGGAGAUCUUUAUGUUGCAACUCGCGCCGACUUUGCUGGUUCCCAUGGCGGUCGCGUUCCCCACCAGCUACGUUCGUGGGCGACUCGCAGGACCACAGUCGUUAGCCAAGAAAGCGACCGCCGCUGCUGCUGCUGCCGUUCCGAAUGUGGCGGUGGAAGCGGUGUCGUACCCUCGUAUAUUCCCCGACGUGCGAGUCUUCUUUGUGUUGAUGGCGGAAGGUCUCUCACUGCUUUUCCGCGCCCAGAUCACGCUGCCCUAUUGCUUCCUGUUCGUGCUCCUCUUUUACUCGUGCAUGAACCCGGCGGCGAGCAAGACGGUGACGCUAGAGGAUAAGCGCGUUGUCACCUACUCUGUUUACCAGCGUGUGCGUCUGCUGGUGCCGAUUUUUAUCCAACUGACGAGUGUUCCUCUGCAGGUCAGCUUCUACGCGGGGUGGGCGUUGCGCGAAACCGCCAACGCGAAUUGGAAGUUCUUCUCCGACAUCGGCUUCCUCAUCGGGUCCACCGCGUUCUGUGCGAUGUGGUACGCCGAGGUAGUCGACGACGCCAUCGCCUGCGAGAGGGCGAUGGGCGAGGUAACGGUAGAUGCUGCAACGCCGGCUGAUGAUGCUCCUGCCGCGACGCCGAAGACGGAGUGA